AUGUCCAUCUACUCGCGCAUGUUCCGCUACCGCGAGCUCGACGAGAACAACAAGCCCAUUGACCGGACGAAGAUCGUUCAGAACUCACCACUACUCAAUCUCCCUCGAGAACUACGAGACGAGAUCCUCUGUCAUAUACUGGAAGCCCGCAAUGAACCACCGCGAUAUCCUCCGACCGUGGGACGAAGAACGAAACUCCACGACAUCCACUACCCACCUUACGUCCCCUUUCGAUACCCAUCCUGGGUCUGGGUCUGUCGACAGCUGCGGAACGAAUGCUUCGAAAAGGUGUCAGGCCGCACAGCAGGCCGGCCGUUGAAAGCCGAGCUGGACAUAAUCUUCAAGGGCUACCUCUCCUGGCCGACGUGGACUUAUCUUCCGCCGCUGCUGCCGCGAGAGAAACCGUUUGAUCUGGACGUGACGCUACGGAUCUUCAGCACAGAGGCGUUUCGCUCCAAUGAUGGAUGGCCGAGACAGCCGGACGGCGACAACCUGUACCGCAUCAACCAGUUGUCGGUUCAAGUAUCGUUCCAUGACGAUUACUCUCCGGACACCUUCCCGGAGACUGCCCACAACAUCUUCCGAAUGCUGAAGGAACUGGCGACCGUGGGCUUGACGGACAACAUCGUCAAGACCGUCAGCGCGCACACAGAGUACGUCCAGCGAGGAAAGACGAUAGUGUUCAAAGGCGAAUGGGACGUUCCAGAGGAAUCCGAUGAUGAGAAGAAGAAGGAGUGGAACCAAAUCGGCUUCUUCUGUCCGGCGCAGCUCUACUCGAGGUCGAGGUAUCCGACAUCUCAUAGCACCUGA